CUUAUUUUUUGAAACCUUCUGGCAACGCCGCUCAUCUACUAUCGAUAGCCGCUUGUCAGUUUUGACAGCUGUUUUAAGGUUAUACUGCGCUGCCUUUGCAAUCGCUCCACCAAUUUGGUUCACGGACGGACAAUUACAUAACUCGAAGAAGAAACCAUGUCGCAGGCUCCCGUUCGCGUUUCCCCGCUGAUCAAGUUCGGAAGAUGGUCCCUGCUCCUGGUGGGCAUCGCCUAUGGUGCCGCCCACCAGAGCCGCCUGUCCAAGAAGGAGGAGAAGGUCCGUGAGAUCGAGGCGCAGCAGAAGGCCGUCCGGGAUGCCAAGCUCGCCGAGGAGAAGAAGCGCAGCGCGGAGGCCGAGGCCCGUGCCCUGGCUGAGCUCUCGAAGCCCACUCCCAAGCACUAGGAUACUCCAGGAUGCCACAUCCUUAGUUCCCUUAGCUUAAAACACACAGAAAAACCACAACAUUUACACUCGAAGUUCGCCUGUUGAGAAGCGGAGCAGGAGGUGCAGGGGAAACGAUAGUGGAGCCACCAUCUAUCGAUCACCGUCUAUCGAUCCUUCUUCUUCUGACACUUGUGCAAAGCAAAAUGUUCGAAAUUAAAUGAUUGAAACAAAA